AUGUCUAGCUACCCAUAAGUAGGGUUAUUUGAUAGCCAUUCAACUACUUUGGAUUCUCUUUCUAAUGAUGUUCAUCUUAUUUAAUAAACACUCCAAGGAUGGACUUCCAUUUUCAGUUAACUUAUGGAGAUUAGCAUUGAAACACAUAAACAAAAUCAAUCCAACGUAAAAUUGAAUUAUUUAAAUAUAGAGUGCCUUGCUUUAAUAAUUGAUGAAUUAAUUACAUAAAAGAUCCAGAUGUUCUUAACCAAAAGACUAAAUUAAGUUGUCUCCAAUCAGACCAACUAAAACUGAACCAGAUGAAAUCCUAAAACCAGAAAAUUUUUCAAGAAUCUUUAAUAAUCCUAAGAAGGUAUAUCAAACUGGUAAGUAUAAAGAUUUCGAUCAUGUAAUUGUAAGGGACACCAUUUGAUUCCGCUUUUGAAAGUAUCAAUAAAGAAUUAGAAGAACCAACAAGGGAUGAUUAAUACCUUUCUGUUCCUAAGAAUAUAUAGUUAUCUAAUGAUAAAAAUAAACAAAAAAAGAAUCAAUAAAUAGAUCUUCAUCCACAAAGUGCUAAAAACACAUAUGAAAAUAAACAAUUUGCUUUUAAUAAACCCACUCGCUUAUAAGAUGUUAAAGCUAAUAAAGAGAAUAACUUAAAUUAAUAUCCUAUAAAUAGACCAGAAUCUAAACGUAAUUUAGAUUGUCCUUAAUUAUUAACUGUUCAUGAAGAGAAUCAAUCAUCAAUGAUGAUACCAAUUGAUAAUAAUAAUUUUAAAUGUAAGAUCUAUUCAAAUUUAAUAGAUUCUAUAACCUAAUCACAUAGAUAAUAUGAUUAAUGUAGUACUUCAAAAACUUCAUAAAAUAGUUAAAGACCACUUAAUUAUUUUUAAUAAUAAUAACAAUUAUAAUCAGAAAAUAACAGAUCUUCAUCAAAAUCAUGUUAUGGACCUAAUCAUAAUAUCUAAUAAUAGAUUCUCACAAACAAUGUCAAUAUUAUUAAUUAAUAAUAACAUAUUCAAUAAUAGUCUGUAACUUAAUGUGCAUCAAGCACAAAAAAUGCGAAACAGCUUCCCAUUUAGAAUAAUAACAUUCCUGUUAAAUAGUAGUCUAUAGAUUUGGUUAAUUAAGUAAGAUAUUCACUUUAUAUUAAGAUAUCAAGUUAAAGAGCUAAAAGCUAUAGUGAAUAAAAUUGUAAAAAAUAAUUAAGUAAACGUUGUUUAGAUAUUGAAUUACUUGAUAAAUAAUAUGAAACUAGUUAGGAACUGAUAUGGAAAGCUUAGAAAAGCAAAAAGUGA